AUGGGGAUCACCGGCUUCUCCGGGAUCGUCUUCAACGGCAUCAACGUCGCCGUGUACCUAAAGAUGGGCCUCGGCGACACCGUCAACAUCACCCUCCUGGGCCUGGCGCUGGCCGACCUGGGAUCAUCCGUCGUGCUCGUGCUCUUGAACUGUUUCAGCUACCCCGACCUGAUAUUCGAUUACCUCCCAGUAUCGUAUCUGAUAACGUGGCUGCACAUCGGAUUCACGCGCGUCUCGAGCUGCCUCACGGCUUACAUCACCGUGGAGCGAUACCUCUGCGUGGCUUUACCCUUGAAGGUUAAAUCCAUCAUAACGCCGCGUAGGACGGCAUGCAUAGUCUCUGGAAUAUUUGCUGCCAUGAUGUCGAGUAUGAUUCUGCCGUUCUUCGCCACCAGAAUCGACUCCGUGUCAAACCCUUUCACCAAUCGAUCGACGCUGUCGUUGAAAUUCAUCCCAAACGGACAAGAGCUCGAAAGGGCGUCGGUCACCAUCAACAAUGUGAGCAUCCUCUCGUCUUUCCCCAGCGUCACGCUCUGCACGUGCCUUUUGAUUUUUAAACUGCUCAGCAAAACAAAAUGGCGGAACACCAUUUCCUCUUCCGCCAAGAACGAGACGAUGGCCGUUCGCGACCUCAAGGUCGUGAGGAUGAUCACCUCGAUCUCGUGCGUGUUCAUCGCGAGUUAUCUUCCCGUGGCCGUGAUCACGGCCGCCAUGUUGGCCUACCCAGAGUUGAGCGUCACGGGAGACUACUCGAACGUUCUCACCGUGGUGUGGUGCGUGGCCACCCUCCUGGAGGGCGUCAACGCCACCACCGGGAUAUUCGUCUACAUGAAGAUGAGCUCCAAGUAC